UCUGGUAACUACAGUAUAACUACAGGUUGCUUGUGCAGUAAGCAUUUCCAAACUGUCUGUGUACAUAUGACAACGAUAGGCUAAGCGAGAUGCUUACCAUUUUGCCUCUUAUUUUACCCUGAACAUAGUGCCUUUGACUUUUCCACGGAAAACGAAGUCUGCGACAGGACGCGUCGCUUUUCUAGAACGCACGAUCCUGUAGGCUCUCUAAACCCUCCCUCUAAACCCUCAAACUUCGAUGACCCUACCUCCUGAAGGUAUAUUUCUAGAUCUUAAAGUUUGCUUUGAGACGUUUCCAAUGUGUGAUUAUUCAGAUCUCACACUAUUCAGAGUAUUCAGAGCCUAUAGUGGUUAUAAAGUGGUACCUGCUGCAUCCUCCUGGAUCACUAGAAAAUAAAGAGGGGAGUGG